CAUAUGCGAUGGAAGGUGGGAGUGUUAGACGAAGCUAAACAACUCUGCCUUCUCUUAAACAGCCGAAUAUCACCACGUCCCGCGCAAAGGAUCCUUUGGAAUCAAAAAUAGUAGCACACUUGAACAAUCGAUCAAAUUCAUUCUCGGAAAUUAAGGACAACAGCGAAGCUAAUAUCGCAUUUCGGACUUGCUUUCCAAGAAAAAUAGCACUUUUUGCGGAGGAGUUUAAAAGUCUUUCUCAGGAGGAGAAUUAUUCAAGGACUUUCCGGGGGACCGUUUUAUUAGUUGUAUUUUUCAUAAUUUGGAGCAUACCGAUGUGCCAUCUUGUUUUGACCAGAAGAGACACUGAACAGCAAUCAAGUUUAUGUGGGCAAUGCACCAGUCUGGAAUAAAUAAACUGAGUCUUGAUUAUCAUUUUUACUAAUUUACAGUUGCGUGUGGAAUUUUUUUGUCAAGACAGCCUCUGUGUUGCUUCUUCACCUUGUUUUGAAGAUCAACAUGGAAGCCUUUCAUUUCAAGAUUGCGAUUUCUCUCUGGUGUCAGCUCGUGAUUGCGGGCUCCAGCUUGGACAUAGGGGCUUACGAUGCGGAGCUGGGUAUACAAGCCAAAUGUGAGCCCAUUACUAUUCCCAUGUGCCAGGACAUUGGGUACAACGUGACCAGAAUGCCCAACUUCAUGAAGCACGAGACCCAGACUGAGGCCAGCAUCAAGCUGAACGAGUUUGCGCCGCUGGUGGAGUACGGCUGUGACGUACACCUGCGCUUCUUCCUCUGCUCACUGUACGCGCCCAUGUGCACCGACAAGGUGUCCACCACCAUCCCGGCCUGCCGGCCCAUGUGCGAGCAGGCCAGGCAGAAGUGCUCCCCCAUCAUGGAGAAGUUCAGCUUCGGCUGGCCUGACUCGCUGGACUGCUCCCGGCUGCCCACCAAGAACGACCCCAAUGCUCUGUGCAUGGAGGCGCCCGAAAAUGACACAAGGACGGAGACCAAGAAAGGAGAAGGCAUGCUGCCGGUGCCUCCCAGGCCCAGACAGCCGGGGGCCGGUAGCGGGCGCUCUCCGGGAAGCGUGGGGUCCUGCGAGAAUCCCGAAAAGUUUCAGUACGUGGAGAAGAGCCAGUCGUGCGCCCCCCGCUGCUCGUCGGUGGUGGACGUCUUCUGGUCCAGGCAGGACAAGGACUUUGCGUUCAUCUGGAUGGCAGUGUGGUCCACCCUGUGCUUCGUCUCCACUGCCUUCACCGUGCUAACCUUCCUCCUGGACCCGCACCGCUUCCAGUAUCCGGAGAGGCCCAUCAUCUUCCUCUCCAUGUGCUACAACGUCUACUCCGUGGCCUUCAUCAUCCGCUCGGUGGCCGGCGCAGAGAACAUUGCCUGCGACCGCGAGAACGGCGAGCUCUACAUCAUCCAAGAGGGGCUGGAGAGCACGGGCUGCACCAUCGUCUUUCUCAUCCUGUACUACUUCGGCAUGGCCAGCUCCAUCUGGUGGGUCAUUCUCACGCUCACCUGGUUCCUGGCGGCUGGGAAGAAGUGGGGGCAUGAGGCCAUCGAGUCCCACAGCAGUUACUUCCACAUGGCUGCCUGGGGCAUCCCCGCCAUGAAGACCAUCGUCAUCCUCACCAUGAGGAAGGUGGCGGGCGACGAGCUGACGGGGCUGUGCUACGUGGGCAGCAUGGACGUCAACGCCCUGACGGGCUUCGUCCUCAUCCCCCUCUCCUGCUACCUGGUCAUCGGCACCUCCUUCAUCCUGACGGGCUUUGUGGCCCUCUUCCACAUCCGCAAGAUCAUGAAGACCGGGGGUACCAACACAGAGAAGCUGGAGAAGCUCAUGGUCAAGAUCGGGGUCUUCUCCAUCCUCUACACCGUCCCGGCCACCUGCGUCAUCAUCUGCUACUUCUACGAGCGGCUCAACAUGGAUUACUGGAAGUUCAGGGCGCUGGAGAGCAAGUGCGUGACCCUCCCCGGGCGGAGGAAUGAGGACUGCUCCCUGGAGUCCUCCGUGCCCACCGUGGCCGUCUUCAUGCUCAAGAUCUUCAUGUCCCUGGUGGUGGGCAUCACCAGCGGGGUGUGGGUCUGGAGCUCCAAGACCCUGCAGACCUGGCAGGGCCUGUGCAACAGGAAGCUGGCAGUCAGGACUAACCGGAAACCCUGCAACGGCGUCAGCUGCAGCAGCACACACUGCCACUACAAAGCUCCAGCGGUGGUGCUUCACAUGACCAAAACGGACCCCUAUUUAGACAGCCCCACACACGUCUGAAACCAGCGUGAGGCACUCCGUGCCCACAGCCUCUUUCAUGGAGCCAGCCGAGGAGGGGGGGGAGCAGUGACAUUUUCAUGAAAGAAACAUGCAGGUCGGACUACAUCUGAUGUGUUCGGUAGCGACGCCUGGCAAAGGGAGCCUUUCAGCGCUGGUUCAAGCGUUUUAUCAUUCAUCUUGCAGGCUGUAAGAUAACAAAUUUCAUGCAGUCCGACAUGGACAACAUCCAGACAUACGCACAAACAACAUUCAGAAAAUAAAGGGAAAAAUGUCCGGUGCAGCAUGCAGUAUAAAUUUAAUCAAGUUAUAUCAUCUCUGGCACACACUGUUUGUGGACUAAUCAAACAUAAUUGCAAAUGAAAAUGGACUUGCAUGGAUGUAUAAAGUUGGGUGUAUUUUCUCUUUUAUAACAGUGUAAAAAAUCUUAUUUAUUUUAUGAAGUAUUUAAUUGCAGUCCUCUAUGGUGUUUCAUAAGUUCCUGUGUAUUGUAUAUAAGCGAGCAUAGAAAGCCUUAACUAAAUGAUACAGGGACU